AUGACCACUCUUCGGGUUCUACUGCACGUCGCUACUCAGUGUGACUACGAGCUUCACUCUCUUGACUUCAGCACUAAUUUCCUACAGGGCAGCUUGCACGAGGAGAUCUGGCUACGCCGCCCACCUGGCUUCACUGGGUCGUUUCCUCCUGGUACCCAGUGGAGCCUCCGACGGCGAGUCUACGGUCUCCGCCAGGCGCCCCGUGAGUGGCACGACACACUAAGGACUACACUUGCGGCUCUUGGGUUUGCUCCUUCUACAGCCGACCCGUCGUUGUUUCUGCGCACCGACACCUCUUUGCCGCCGUUCUACAUCCUCGUGUACGUCGACGACUUGGUCUUUGCCACUGCUGACACUGCUGGACUCGCCCACGUGAAGUCCGAGCUGCAGAAGAGACACACGUGCACUGACCUGGGUGAACUGCGCAGCUACCUUGGCUUGCAGAUCACCCGGGACAGAGCACAGCGCACCAUUACCCUGACUCAGUCACACAUGGUGCAGCAGGUCCUUCAGUGCUUCGACCUCACGUACUCCUCGCCUCAGGCCACUCCUCUGUCUACUCGCCACUCGCUCUCAGCUCUGCCUUCAGAUGAGUCCGUAGAGCCGAAGCACAUGGCUGCAGCUAAGAGGGUGUUGCGCUACUUCCUUGCUCGAGAGUUGCAGCAGCGUGGUCAGCUUCGUCUUUCUUUCGUGGCCUCUCGGGCCAAAAGUGCUGAUUUCUUUACCAAGGCACUUCAGCCUUAA